AUGGAUGAUUCAUCUGAGCGUCUUGCUGCUGCUCGUCGCUGCUGUGCUGCACUGCAGCAGAUAACAGCAGCAGAAGCAGCAGCAGCAGCAGCAGCAGCAGCAGGUGGUGCUGCUGCAGCAGAAGCAGGAGGAGGCGUUGGUUACAGCAGCGCAGCAGCAGCAGCAGCAGCAGCAGAAGCUGCUGCUCUGCUGCUGCCAGCUGUGCUGCAGCUGCUAGAUAGACUCGAUAUAGGAAACAGAGAAGGGGAGCCGCAUGCGCUGCAGCAGCAGCUGCUGCUGCUGCUGCGAGCUCUUGCUGCUCCUGCUGCAGCACCACUGGUCCUCACGCAGCAGCAGCUUGCUGCACUCACCCCGCAGCAGCAGCAGCAGAUCCUCGAUAACCAUGCUACGCUCCUACCAGUAAACCCUAAACCCUAA